AUGUCUUCUUUCAAACUACUAAAGUACCCCACAUUGGUCCAGAAGGAAAUUAUUGAGGAAAUGAAUAUCCGAGAAAGAUUUUUCUUCUCGGCUCUAUCCGCCAAUGCUUGCUCACGAUUCAUGCAUCUCGGAGUUCGAAAAAUCGUAGUGUACGACAUGCAGCUUAAUGUAUCCCGUACAAACACCGAGAUUCGAUUGAACACGUCUUCUGGAUAUCUGUCUUUUAAUAUUUUCUACUAUACGAAGCUAGAUCAUAUGAUGAACUUUAGACUUGACAAAACGUCAGUUCCAGUCUCCGUCGGUGAAUACAGCUGCCAGUUUUCUUUCGCUGACUAUUCUGCCGGAAAGAUGAAGGCUGUCGUGGAGCUCAUUGGAAAAUUGACGAAGCAGUUAUCGUGCAUUUCGAAUAUUGAAUUGUGUAACAUUAAAUAUACUCAUCCGGUUACAUCGCUUUUCCCGAAUCUUCAUGGAAUUCAAAAGUUUGGUAACGUCGACAUUUGUAAUUACGCGGGAUCCGAAAAGGGAGUGAAACUCACCGCGGAAGACUUUGACGUCAUCUCGAACUCGAAAUUCGUGAAAAUUCUAUGCUCGAUAUCUGGAGUACAGAAGACAGUGAAUACUUUCUUGAAAGCAUGGAUUUCUGGGAACCACACAGCCUCGGGCAUUGCUCACUUUUAUGCCAUCAUGCAUUCUAAUAAAAAAAUCACGGAAUUCUUCACAGGAAUCGAGACGACCGUAUCGACAACAACGGUCGCGGAGAUUAAUUCAAUCAAAAACGAAUGGCUAGAUCAGUGGACAGUGUUUGACGGCACAGUGGACAUUCAUCGGCAAUCCGACCAGAUGAGAGCUACUGUCGCAUUCCACAAUACAGGCCAUAGGGUCCUUUUUGUAGUUUGGAAUGAGGAAAAUUUGGCCAAACUUCCAAGAACACAAUAA